AUGUAUCAAGUAGCACUCCAUUCCGCGGGUUCGAUACCACAGCCUGUGUACAACGAACAACUGAAUCUAAACUACGAGCUUCGUGUGCGACAACAACCCAUCGCUGCGCGAGCAUGUGGGUUCGGAGAACGCGACCGCAGGGUGAUAGACCCUCCGCCAAUCAUCCAGCUACUAGUAACGGAUCCGAAGACCGGUGCUGCUGAACAAGAAGAGCUUCGUUACUCGCUCAACGUGGUUCAUUGCACGCUCUGGAACGCAGAAGGGACGAACGAAGAGACGGCACUCAUACAGCCUGACCGACGAACAACGCGACGACUAAUGGGCCAGCUCGUAGCUUCUCCGUCUGUAGCAAAGGAUGAGCAUGAUGCCGAGGGUUGCUUUUUCUGCUUUCCAGACCUCUCUUGCCGUACACAUGGCAAGUACCGACUCCGGUUCGUCCUCAUGCGCAUCGAUCCUAUGAACCUCCACGUGGGAGGGUUCUCGCCCAUACUCACCGAGGUCUUGAGCGAUGUCUUCACAGUCUACACAGCCAAAGACUUUCCGGGUAUGCGACCAAGCAGCGCGCUCACCCGGGCAUUGAAGUUACAAGGGUGCAAUAUCCAAGUGAAGAAGGGCAAUGAAAAGGCACUGGCACGCAAACGACUCACCGCGAGCCAAGAACACGACAAUACGGAAGAGGACGAGCUGAAGCGACGGCGCAGAGAAUGA